AUGCGUCCGGCUAUCGAGCAAAUGGUACGCCAGUUCUUCCGCGCAAUCGAGAAUGACGAACGGGAUUCGGACAUCAUCAUGGACUUCUUCAGCGACAGUCCAACCAUGAUCAUUAGUCUCAAAGGACCUGGAUGGAUCUGGAUAGGCCAGAAGGAGGUGAAGCAGCAGUUUGAAAUUGCAAUCGAGGGCGGAUUGCGAGUUCUUCCCAAGAUGAUCGUCGUUGACAGAGGCCACGUUACUUGUCAUGUGGUCAUUUUCUUAUUUGGCACCGGUGACUUCGAUUCGUUCACUGAAUACCAAAGAAUUGCUAUCUUUGAUCUCGACAAGAACAAUCGCAUUCAACGUCUCGAGUACCGCGAUGUCGCUGGCACCGAAAAACAGCGCAAGGGAGGUAGACAGGUCCUCGAUGCUUUCAUCACAGAGAUCGAGGAGGGCGCCAUGGCCGUUGACUACCUGUCUUGA